AGUCAGUAGAUCGGAAGUUAUUGCUUCUGGAAAGCUGGAACGAGGGGUGUUGAAAGAGUAUGAAGGCAGAAGUGGCCUGUAUGAAGAGUGUGGGACGGGCUACUGGUUUAGUGUUUGUUUUUUGUGCGCAGCACCAGCAACAAAAUGACAACUCUACAGAAUACGGAAAACACUUCAGCGGAAUAUGCUACCUCACCUAUCCGUGGUCCUGGCGAUGGUAUGGAAAUGGAGCACCCACCAAAAUCAGUUGAAGCAGUCCACACCACGGCCUCCCAUGCCCAUCAAAGCCCACACAAGAAAGAACUUCCUUCUCUAAGUCCUGGAGUUCUUCAGCUAGGGAAGAUAUAUGGUGAUAAAGCAGUGGAGAUUGAAGCUGUACGAAUACUGGUUCCCAAAGCUGCUAUAAACCAUGUGAUUCCUGCCAAAAAUGCAAAGACAUCAAAAGCUGUACAACACCAAAGAGAGACCCUUACUCUAUCAGAGGGAAGUUCAGAUAAUAAAAAAGAGCUGUUGGAGCUUCAAACAGAAAUAGGAAAGCUCAAAAACUCAGAAAGACGACUGUUACAGGAUAAGGAAGGUCUUUCCAAUCAACUCCAUGUACAAACAGAGGUCAAUCGGGAGCUGAAGAAGUUACUUGUUGCUUCUAUUGGGAAUGACUUGCAGUAUCACUUUGAACGCAUGGCCCGUGAAAAAAAUCAGCUGAUCCUUGAAAAUGAAGCCCUGGGGCGGAAUGUGUCUCAGCUAUCUGAACAGCUAGAGCGGAUGUCUAUACAGUGUGAUGUUUGGAGGAGCAAAUUCCUAGCAAGCAGAGUCAUGACCGAUGAGUUGUCUAACUCCAGAGCAAUUCUCCAGCGUCAAACCAGAGAUGCACAAAGUGCAAUUCAGGAUCUGUUAAGUGAACGCGACCAGUUUCGUCAAGAAAUGAUUGCUUCACAAAAGUUGCUGGAGGAGCUGCUGGUGUCUCUGCAGUGGGGAAGGCAGCAAACUUACUAUCCUAGUUCACGGCCUUAUAGUACAGCAGAACUAGCAGCUGUAAAUCAUAAACUUGCUAGAGCAGUGAAUUCACAUCUUCUUGGAAACAGUAACAGCACUAAAAGUCCAAAAAAGGGAUCUUCACCUACAGAACUCUGCAACACUCCUGCUGAGAAAAUGGCUGAAAUGGUACUAAGAAUACUGGAUCCUGGUACAUCUACAGAAGCAACAUCAGAACUUCCUUUUCCUGAGCCUUCAGUGUCCUCAUUCCUUGCCCCAAAGAAGAAUAUUGGACGAUUCCAUCCAUACACUAGAUAUGAGAAUGUAACUUUCAACUGCUGCAAUCAUUGCCAGGGAGAACUGAUAGCUCUUUAAACAUUUUCUUUGCUUAACAGCCAGAGCUAUUUCAAGAAUAUUCUUUCUCAAAGAUCUGUAGUCACUUUUCUAUGCUUUUUUUCAGAUGGGAUGUGCUUGUAUUAGAAAAAAUGCUUCUCUUACAGAUUUGAUUUCUUAAGAUUUCUGCUGAAAAGGUCUGGGUUUUGCAGGCUGGUAUCACAAUGCAGUAAGAGCAAUAAAGGUUCCUUUCCAAGGCAAAAUAAGAAGUUAGAAUACACUGUAUAGCACAUAGGUCAUUAAGUAGAAUACACACGUUAUUUUUUCUUCAAGGAAAGGCUGAAUGAGUAUAACCCUGCAAACAUUAGGCUUUUUGAUUUUGCUUCCUUUAAUAGAUCUGGGUACCAAGUUCUGUCAGUUGAAGUAUUUAUUUUAGUUUAAAAUGAUGCUGAGUGUAGUGCUUCAGUAUUUUUACAGUCUGUUUCCAGUAUUGCUCUAGCUGUUACAGGAGCAGGUACAAGAUAUACUAUGAAGAAAGACUAAAUGCCUAUUCAGUUACCCUGUUCAUAAAAAAGCUUGAAUGAAUUUGGGCAUUGACUGAAGUUAAAUGAAUUACAGAGAGCAUUAAGGAUAUACAAUUCACAUAAAAUUGAAGCCAAAGAACAGUGACAAGUUUGUAAUGGAAACUAUUGAGGUGAUUCUUAGUGUAUUACAAACCUCAACAAGACAGGCUUUAACAGCCCCUGAAUAAGUGUGUACAAUGGACCUUGAAUUUAGACAUCUUCUAUUGGUGCUAUUAAAUAUGGUCAGACUGAUCUUCUGUCUCUAGAGAACAAAACUUGCAGAUUUAUUUUCAUAUCUCUUAAUUUGGAAACAAGUAGUUGGCUGCUAAAUUAAGGGGAAACCUUCCUAUAUAUUUCUGGGACAAUCACUGAAACAGCUCAACUAGGGAAAGCGUGUGUGCACAUAUGUAACAGCCUGUUUUGUUUAAUGGAGUGCAUGGACUGAGAUGUGCCACAAUUUAGGCAUGUGUUCUACUCAUUGAUAAUUUGUCAAUAAACAUCAGUAGUGUACCUCUUCCAGAA